CUCUCUAAUACACUUUACAUAUAUUUAUAAUUGAAUAUAAUUCGCACACAAGUAUAACCGAAAUACAAAUAUAUAUAUAAUUGGUUAUAUUAUGAUGCUGCGCAGGUAGCUCCGCCCUCUAAUGGCUGUCCGGUGCUGGCGCUUGUGUUGCCAGGUGCUCGGGUUUAAAUCGUUAUUCUGUUCCUAAUUUUUCCUUUUCAUUUAUUUUCAUUAUUUGUUAGCGUCAUACGUAAUAAUACACCUGUAAUAAAAGGAUGAUAUUUAUGAUCGCGGUGAGUUGUAAAAUUUCUGGUAUAGAGCUCGUGUUAAUUCCAUCCAGUAACUUUGUUUCACACAGACCUGGCAACCCUGGCAGCAUUAACCCUGCAACAACAUUCAUUCAUUGAUUAGUUGGAAAGGCUGCGCUUGCUGUCUGAAGGGUGCCGGAUGUAGUUGAAGGACCUGUCCUGUGGUCCCCCCUCAACACUCCUCUCAUAUUCCCUGCACUGCAUGGCUUCACCUGACCGCAUCUCUCCUCCCGUCACCGUAGCCCUGAUCCGGCAGCCCCUCAUGCUUUGCACAAGGGCUGCUCACAGACUGCCUCAUGACUGCCUGGAUUGUUCUGCCAGUCAGCCUGUCGGCAUUCUCCAUCACAGGGAUAUGGAUAGUGUAUGCCAUGGCAGUGAUGAACCACCAUGUGUGUCCAGUCGAAAACUGGACGUAUAAUGUGACUUGUAAUGAGGAAACAGCUAAGAGGGGCUUCCCCAAGACCUGCUGUACUCCACAGGACAUCCCUCUCAUCAGUAAAUGCGGCUGUUACCCACCUGAGAGCUGUCUCUUCAGUCUCAUAGGCAACGUCGGGGCUUUUAUGGUUGUGAUGAUUUGUAUGUUGCGUUACGCUCAUGUGAUCGAGCACAGCCACCACUGCUGGGUCAACACCAGUGCGCUGGUGUCGGGUUGUGUCAACGCUCUGGGACUCGUCAUGGUGGGCAACUUCCAGGUCGACCAUGCGAAGACUCUGCACUACGUGGGGGCCGGUGUGGCAUUUCCAGCAGGUCUGCUAUUCGUGUGUCUGCAGUGUGUGCUCACAUACCGCAUGGCCGAGACAGCGCUGGACUUCUGGAUGGCCCAUGUGCGCGUGGCUCUGUCAGCUGGAGUGCUGAUCUCUCUCAUCCUCAGCGGCAUCUUCUUCAUUCACGAGAGCUUCGAGUUGCAGCACGCUGCCGCCAUCUGCGAGUGGAUCUUCACGGUCCUCGUCCUGGUCUAUUACGGAACCUUCACCUACGAGUUUGGCAGCGUCAGCAGCGACACCAUGAUGGCCGCCCUCGUCAACGGCAGGCUGCACGACACCUCGAGCGCAGGAGUCAUCGUAGGAGGCAUGGGGAAAAGCGUGCCCAUGGGCUGUGGUGCUCGCAGCAUGAAGUCACCCGGGGGAAGCGGCACCUCCACACACCUCAACUGCACCCCUGAGAGCGUGGCCAUGUUAUAGUGAACGGAGGAGAGGUUAGGGCUCAGGUAAAUCACGGAUUUAAAUCCUACCGAUCCGUGAGGUGCUGGUAGAGAGCAAUCGAUCAAGUGUAGAGUUCAUGCAAGUGAAAUGCGCUGAUAAAGUUACGUGUAAUAUGAAGAAUAAUAAUACUUUCUUGAAAGCUUGUUAGCUUUCCAACACUAAAUAUGUAUUAAAGAGGGAAGUUAAGGUCCUUUCUAGUCAACAUUAGCUGUAUAAUAUAGUUAUAAUAGGUCGAAGAAGCAACAGGUUAUUAGAAUCACCAUGUAGUUACUCCAUUAUUAUUAUUAUUAUUAUUAUUAUAUUUUACAUUUAUCUACAUUCAUAAUGCCUGGGCCAAACUUCAAGAUUGAUAGAAUGUUAAAAAUGUAAUGGACCCCAAUUAUAAUCACAGAUUUUGACAGAUCAUGCAGUUAUCAAACUUCACGUUACAGUAUUUACUCAGAGAAAAAAUCCCACACACUUUGAAGUGACGUGUCGUUCGUAAUGAGUCAUCUCUUUUAAGCCAGCUCUUGUAAGGCAGCUUUACACUGUAUAAUUUCAAAAAUCGCAGGCAAAUU